AUGUCCAAAUCUCGACGAAAUGUCAGAUUCCCGCACAGAUCAGGCAAUUCGGAGCUGCGGCGGCUGAGCGUCUCAGACGCCAGCGAUGCAGUCCCUGAGCCACGCAGUCCAUCCAAGGAUGGCGACAAUUCUGCUGCAGCUGUCUCGAAUGAGAAACCGCAGCAACCUGCCCUGUCUGAUUACGAGAAGAAGAAACAAGCUUUCAUCACACGCACAAUAUGGACAUUUGUUAUGAUAGGAGGCUUCUUUCUUGCCCUGUUUUCUGGUCACAUCUAUAUAAUUGCCAUCGUAACCGCGGUGCAGAUCGUCUCCUUCAAGGAGGUUAUCGCCAUUGCCAACGUUCCCAGCAGGGAGAAGAAUCUCCGUUUCACCAAGUCUCUGAACUGGUAUUUUCUCGCGACUACCAUGUAUUUUCUGUAUGGGGAGAGCGUGAUCUAUUACUUCAAACACAUUCUUCUCGUGGAUAAGGUUCUUCUUCCUCUAGCUACCCAUCACCGCUUCAUCAGCUUCACCCUCUAUCUCAUGGGCUUUGUUUUCUUUGUUGGGUCGCUACAGAAAGGUCACUACAAGUUCCAGUUUACUCAAUUUGCUUGGACUCACAUGGCUCUCUAUCUGAUUGUCGUUCAAGCCCAUUUUGUUAUGAACAACAUAUUUGAAGGCAUGAUCUGGUUCUUCCUUCCAGCUUCUCUGGUGAUUACGAAUGAUAUUUUCGCUUAUGUCUGCGGCAUCACGUUUGGUCGGACCCAGUUGAUUCAGCUGUCUCCUAAGAAGACAGUUGAGGGUUUCAUUGGCGCAUGGGUCUGCACUGUCAUUUUCGGUUAUUUCAUGACAAAUAUCCUGAUGCGAUACAAGUAUUUCAUCUGCCCGGUCAACGAUCUGGGAGCCAACAUAUGGACCGGCCUGGAAUGUACUCCUAACCCAGUCUUUGUGCCUCAGCCUUACAAACUCCCGGAGUGGACCGGUGUGGAAAAACCAGUAUACAUUGAGCCCAUGCAGUUCCAUAUCCUAGCCUUCGCAACAUUUGCCUCUCUCAUUGCUCCCUUCGGUGGCUUUUUUGCAUCAGGUCUCAAACGUACCUUCAAAAUAAAGGAUUUCGGCGAGUCUAUCCCCGGUCAUGGUGGCAUAACAGAUCGCAUGGACUGUCAAUUCAUCAUGGGUUUCUUUGCCUAUAUGUAUUACCACAGCUUUAUUGCCGUCUACAAGGCGAGUGUUGGAGAUAUCAUCGAGACUGCCAUCAACGGCCUUACUGUCGAACAACAAUACGAAGUCGUUAAGGGCUUGGGCAAGUAUCUAUACAAUCAGGGAGCAGUCUCUGAAAAGGUCUUGGAAUGUCUGAACACUGAACUGAGCCACCAGUGA